UUGCAGAGAUAGAGGGGUGGGGAGCUGCAGAACGAAAGGCAGACGGUAAAAAGGGAAUCUUUAAAUGCAGCACAUGUUUCUUCAGAGGAUUUAUGAAAGGCGACUGGGGGAUUGGAGGGAAAGCUGGAAAAAGAUUCCUGGUGAGAGGAUUUAUAAAAGGCGGCUGGGGAUUGGAGGGAAAGCUGGAAAAAGACUCCAGAGGUUAAGAGGAUCCGUGGAGAUCUUCUUUUUGAGAGGCAACCAUGAUCAGCCGUAACUCCAAGAAUGUGUUGGUGGUCUCUCUCGGGUUUCUGUCUCUGUUCACGGCGUAUGGAGGCCUCCAGAGUUUACAGAGCAGUCUGAAUGCAGAGGAGGGGAUGGGCGUGGCGUCUCUGAGCGUCAUCUACGCCUCAAUCAUCAUCUCCUCCAUGUUCCUGCCUCCCAUCAUGAUCAAAAACCUGGGCUGCAAAUGGACCAUCGUCGCUGGCAUGGCCUGUUACGUCUCCUACUCCUUUGGAAACCUUUACCCCGGAUGGUACACACUCAUCCCCACCUCAGUCAUCCUGGGUUUGGGAGGCUCUCCUCUGUGGUCGGCCAAAUGCGCCUACCUGACCAUCUCCGGGAACGCGCAGGCCACCAGGGAGGGCAAAAAGGGCUCGGAUGUCAUCAACCAAUACUUUGGCAUCUUCUUCUUCAUCUUUCAGUCGUCCGCUGUGUGGGGAAACCUCAUGUCGUCGCUCAUCUUUGGACAGGACACCAACAUAGCUAACAUCACAGAGGAGCAGCUGCAGAUCUGCGGAGCGGCUGAUUGCGGCCUCAUUAUCAGCAGCAACAGCACCACCACCAGACCUGCUCAGAAACUAGUGUGGACACUCGUCGGCUGCUACAUUGGCGUGGGUUUGCUGGCCAUGCUUAUCGUGGCGGUGUUCCUGGACAACAUUGACCAGCAGCAGACCAGCCAAUUCCGUGAGAACCGGGAGCCGUUCUGCCACACCUUCCUGGCCACGUUCAGAUUGCUGAAGGACUGGAGGCUGCUGACCCUCAUCCCUCUCACCAUGUACAGUGGCUUCGAACAGAGCUUCCUCUCCGGGGAGUACACCAAGAACUAUGUGACGUGUGCUUUGGGGAUCCAUUAUGUUGGAUUUGUUAUGAUGUGUUUUGGAGCCUCAAAUUCUCUUUGCUCCUUUCUCUUUGGGAGACUCGCUCGGUACACUGGGAGAGCCACACUCUUCUUUCUGGCUGCAGCGGCCAACUUUGCCUGUAUCAUUGCUCUCUUGUACUGGAGGCCUCAUCCCGACCAGCUGCCUGUCUUCUUCGUAUUUCCUGCUCUGUGGGGGAUGGCAGACGCUAUCUGGCAAACUCAGACCAAUGCUCUCUAUGGCGUCCUUUUCCCCCGGGACAAAGAGGCGGCAUUUGCCAACUACCGUAUGUGGGAGUCGCUCGGCUUCGUCAUCGCCUUCGCCUACAGCACUUUCAUAUGCCUGGAAUACAAACUGUACAUCCUGCUGGCCGUUCUGGUGAUUACAGUCAUCACUUACCCCAUAGUGGAGUACCAUGAACACAAGAAUCCCACACCGCCCAUUGAGCAGGGAACCUACAUAAGUCACAAGGAAGCCACUGAAACAGAUAAUAAGAUUAUUUGCCAGACACAAAUGUAGAGACUGAAUUUAUUGAAAGUGUUUUUUUUUUUUUUUUUUUCAUAUCCUGGUCUGGCCACCAACCUGCAAAUCAGGUGUCUCAUAUUACUGCAGAAUUGUUUCAAAUUACAUUAAAAAAAAAUGCCACAUUGAAUAAACUAAAAUUAAAAAUAAGAAUGUGUUCAUUGAUUUUAAUAUUCACUGGUUCAGCCUUCCCCCAGAUAGAGCUUUGAUUGGACCCAAACCUCGAAGCCCGAACCAAAAUUUCCACUUUAAUUAUUAUCAAAACAAAAUAAUAAAUAACAAAUUCACUCAUUAAUUACAGUUGGAUGCAUUAUUAAUAAAAUAUUUAAUAUAUAUGUAUUUAAAUCUAAUUCAGUUUGAGCCCCUGUGGGUUGUGUUGGGUCCAGUCAGGUUUGGGCAGAGAAUCAAAGCUCUGUCCCCUGACACUCUUUUCCUCUGGUGGAAAAGUACCACAAAUAAUCAAAAGCCAGAAAGUUACAAUUGAGAACAAAGAAAAAUAUCACCACACUCAACGCUGUAACAAAUCUAAUAUACGUCAGCAAGUCUGACUUAUCAGAAGGUUGGCGGUUUGA